AUGCCACCAGUUGAGUAUUACUCUGGCAGAGAUCGUAGAAGGCAGACUAGACUUUCUUCUGAGGCCGUUGAUAAGAUUCGGUUCCCCAAGCUCACUGGCCGCUUCCGCUUGAUGUCUCAUUUGAGUGCCUCUGGUCGUUUAUUGGUGGAAGCCGGUGGUGGUAUUCAUAUGGAUGAAAAGAAGUUUGUUUCGGCUAUGCUUUUUUGGCUACGGUCGAGGACAAAGAAGUGA